CACUUUAGAAUAACCACGUAGCUAGAUGUUUCCUCUACUCGUUAACCUCUAAAUCAUAGUGUCGUUUAAAAUGAAUUAAAAUCCAUCGUUCUAAAUGUUCUACAUAAUACUUAAACAAUGGAUUUGUGUGAACAAAUAUGUGAUUAUCAGUAUCUUGCACGUGAAGAGAACGAUAUUGCUAUGAUAAGUGAUUCAUAUUGUGAGAGAGUUUACGUUAAGCAAUCCAUAGCACCGGUUGAUAUUUUUGCUCUAAGAACCAAAUAACAUAUUAAAGUAUCGCUAUUUAAAGUCCUUUAAAUAAUUGCUUAAACGCAAAAGUGAAUUACAAAUAAAAAGUGAAAUUAAUAGUGAUACGUACUGUAUUAGAAUAUCACUAGUGACUGGCAAAAAUAUACCUAAUGUAAUAAUUCUCCUCCUCGUAGAAGGCAAUUAAAGGAUAACGAAUGUGGACGAAGCGAUUUAACGUAUUCCAGGAAAACCAUAAUACCACUUGCCUUUUUGCCUCAUUCAAUCUAAAAUAUUGAUGUGAGGUAGGCUAAUGAAGAUUUAAGUGUAAAAGUGAAUUAUGGAAGCAGUUGUAGGAACACAUCUGAAAAGAAGGACAUAAGAAAAAAAUAAUGUCACUCUUUCAAUAAAAAUAAUCUAAUCUUUUAUACUACACUUUGCUUAUUUGUUAAAAAAUUGUUUGAACUACCAGUAAAUUUGAUGUGCUCUAAAAUUUUGGUUUAGAAACCUAAGAACUUUUUUUGUUAGAACCCAAGAACAAUUUCACUAAAAUAUCAAUGUGAGAAAGAUUUUAAGUGCUAAAGUGAAUCUGUCUACAAAUAAAUUGCAAAAGUGAAUCAUAGUGAAAUUAACAAAGUGAUCAAAAUUAGUACCUACUGACAAUAAAUAAGUGACACGCAAACAUCGCCUUCAUUAAAAAGCUAUUUGUAAUCUAGUCAUCAGUCUUUUUGGAAUAUCAAUCAACCAUACUUACACAAUAUUAUCCACAGAGGCAAUCAAGGGAUAACAUAACAGACGAUUAGAUAGCAGUUUGGACCAAUAUUAUCGAUCGGUUACUGAUUAAUUACCUACAAGGAUACAAGGAUUGUUGGACUUAGCGAGGUUAAUUUUCCGUUAGCUUUGCGCUCGCGCAGUGUUGUGUUUGUAGCGACAUAAUGCGGUCGCACCUGAGGAUCUUGUGCGCCUUAUUACUUGCAGGUUUGACUUCUGGAAGUUCUGAAACACUGCCAACAAUAAAAACAUCUUUAAAUGCAGGGGACAGUUUGACGGUACAGGUCCUUACCUAUGACGAUGUAGUAACAACAUGCCGGUUGAGAUCCCCUAGUAAUGCACUAGGGGAAAUUCAAUUCAAGCCUAUGAGUGAUAAUAAUAAUGAAAGAUUCCAAAUAGAACCAGAUACAGAGCGUUCAAAAUGCCGUGCUUUAAUCACCGUUAAAGAAGGGGAUGAUGGUUUGUGGACGCUGACAUCGGGAACUGCGGAUGGAAAAGAAAAAAAUCAGACUUAUGAUCUUAGCGUGAAUCCUGAGUCAGAUGCAGUAGAACAUAACGAAAUAGAUUAUUUAGACAACAUUUUUAUAAACACCACCAUUGGCUCAAGACAUGAGAUUACGAUGCCUGACUUUUCAUUUGGUGGUGUUAAGAGUUGCACAAUCAUAAUGCCUAGCGGACGAGAGCUUGAUAUCCAUGAGGUUAAUGCAACUCAUAUGACCGGGAUAGCUCGGACGGAAUCGAGCAGCUGCUCCGUCUCUAUUGGCGUGCAAACAGAAUCUUUUGUUGGUGACUGGAUGUUAACUUCAGUUGGAUACAGAUAUUCAGCUGAAAAAAUUGAAAGAAAGUUACGUUUUACGAUUCACGUCGAAGAAAUUGUAGAUUCUAAUGCGGCUGAAGUAAGUGUAACGGAGGGGAACAAUUUUUACAUUGCUGUGAAACACUUAGGAGAGUUCGAGGAGCUUAGUGACACUUGCAGGCUUCUGGCACCAAAUAAAGAAAAGCCGUCUGCAAAGUACACGAGACUCGACCACGGUUGUAGCUAUAAAGUCUAUAAUGUAAGGACGCAUGAUAGUGGAUAUUGGGAAAUACGUUUUGGACUUACGAAUAAAAUAGAGUACAGAGCUAUUACGCGUCUUACUGUUCACGCUGCCUCCACUCCAACACAAAUAAACCUUAUCUGGACCAGAGAUAGACCAGUUCACGAAGCUCUUGGACCAGACCACGCGGUUUACUGUAGACUUAGGAGUCCAGAAGGAUAUGUGGCUUAUGAUGGGUUUGGGAGAUGUUGGAUUAGUCUAAAGAGAGUAAUUAAACACCAACAUGAAGGUCUCUGGAAGAUGGAGGUCGGAAUGCCAGGACAAGUCCUCACUGAUAGUUAUAUUGUUAACGUUACAGUUAAAGAAGCCGACCCCAAAGCGAGGAUCACCACAAGGGUAAUAGGAGAAUCGCCCGACGAUAUUUACAUGAAAAACAUGUACUUGUCCUGUUACUUGGAAAGCCCCGACCCAAUAAGCUACUGCAAGUUCCGAGAUCCAUCGGGUCGCAUACUGAUCGCUGCUGAAGCGGUGGGGCAAAGCAGAUAUAGCUGGCACGGCACUGGAACCAAUUACACAGGAAGUAUCCACGCACACGAGUGCGGUAUCCGGAUAACUAACACUACCAUCAGUGACUUUGGAAUCUGGAGAUGUGAGAUCGAUACUAAAGGCGUCACUUACUAUGGCUUCCUUACCGCUAAGGCUCUUUGGAUAAGAGAUCCUGAAAUCGCUGCUUCGAUCACGACAGUGCCAACUCUGACGGCUGAUAGAAGCUGGAUGAGCAGUUUGUCGGAUGAAAGCGUGACCAUGACUUGCUCCAUUCAAGCUCCCAUCCGGUACUGCUACUUCCGUGCAAGGAAUGGCACACUCUUCAACGUUGCACCCUCGGACACCCAUGGCUUGGCCGAGUACGUUGGUGCCGGCUUGGAUGCCGGGGAGUGUGGCAUCAAGUUCCCGAGCCUCGCCACGUCCGACUCCGGCUACUGGAGUUGCCACGUCGGCCUGCUCGACCUGCACAAACGAGAACAACUCGCGCGAUUCGAAGUCCUCGUUAAUGAUACUAUGGUGGUCAGCCAGCACGGACCUUUUAGGCAUGACAACAGGCUGUUACUAGAAGGGCGAGUUAACAAUGCGAGACCUCUCGAUUAUUGCCGAUUUGUCCGCAUCGAUGGAUUUGGUUUCACCAAUGAAAACGUGCCUACGAACAUAUUAGACUGGUCUGAUCUAGAGAAGGGCUUAUGUGGCAUAAUCAUAAGGAAUCCGACCAAUCUGGAGCAGCAUCCGUGGGCCAUAGUGGCGAGGAUCCGGGGACAGGACACUGAGAUAACGCGGCUCACGGACAUCGCUUUCCCGGUCCCCAAUCCCCCGGGUGGUUCCGUGCAAUUCCGUAUACCAGGAGCAUGGAUAAUCGUAAUGACUCUUGGUAUGUGCAUGAUCCUGCUGGCUAGCUUCGUUGGGCCUAAGAGGAACAGAGAGUGGACCUACGCUCGAGCCAAUGCGCUUAGGAACAGCUUUAUGGCGAAGAAGGUGGAACAAAACGCCAACGACGCUAGCAAGAACACCGCGGUGGCUGCUUAGAUUCAAUAACCUUUCAGAUGUUUCAGUCUUAUUUAAAGAUUCAAUACCGACAAUAGUUACGAGUUUGACGAGCAACUUUUUCAUAAAAACUUAAAUUCAGCUUUAUUAUUGCAUUUUGACAUUACGGUUGAAAUUGGUAUAGUGAAAACAAAAUACGAAGACCUGUUGUUAUUUAUAAGUAAAUAAUUAUAUUUGAGUUAUUAUCAAAACACGCUUCAGUUCAUUCUAAGCUUAAUAGCUUAGAUUAUCCGCUAUUGAAUCUUAAAAUGAGAAAUUUAGUCCGGGUUAAAAGACAUUUUA